CACCAUUUAUUUCAAAAAGAGAACUUUUUUUAUUCGUUUAAACAAAAAGAGAAAAAAAAAAAAACCUAUUUCUCUGUUCCUCGUCGAAGCAACAUAGCCGCCUGGCAGAGAACUUCCCCUGUUAUCUUUGUUAGAGCAUUCAUGGGGUCGAUAAAGAGGAAGUUAGAUGAAAACCCACCUGGCGAAACACCCCCGAAACAGCCUAAGGAUAAUGGUUUGGCGGAAAAGCUUAUUGAUGAACCUAUUGCCUGCUUACAUGAUGUGUCGUAUCCAGAGGGUUAUGUUCCUUCUGCCCGACUUUCUUGGGGUCCAAACACUUUGGAGCCUGCGAAAGUAUUCCCUUUCACUCUUGACCCUUUUCAAUCUGAAGCCGUCAAGUGCCUUGAAGAUGGUGAGUCCGUGAUGGUGUCUGCCCAUACAUCAGCUGGAAAAACUGUUGUUGCUCUAUAUGCUAUUGCUAUGUCUUUGAAAAAUAAACAAAGGGUCAUAUAUACCUCACCAAUCAAGGCAUUGAGCAAUCAAAAGUAUAGGGAGUUCAAGGAGGAGUUCUCAGAUGUUGGGUUGAUGACUGGGGAUGUAACGAUUGAUCCCAAUGCCUCAUGCUUGGUUAUGACCACAGAAAUCUGGCGUAGUAUGCAAUACAAAGGAUCAGAAAUAACACGUGAGGUGGCUUGGGUCAUCUUUGACGAGGUACAUUAUAUGCGUGAUAGGGAAAGGGGUGUUGUAUGGGAAGAAAGCAUUGUUAUGGCCCCGAAGAAUUCUCGAUUUGUAUUCCUCUCUGCAACAGUGCCUAACGCAAAGGAAUUUGCUGAUUGGGUUGCUAAGAUUCACAAACAACCAUGUCACAUCGUUUAUACUGAUUAUAGGCCAACACCUCUUCAGCAUUAUGUUUUCCCUUCUGGAGGUGAUGGUCUAUACUUGGUAGUGGAUGAAAAGGGAAAAUUCCGUGAAGAUAGCUUUCAGAAGUCAUUAAAUGCGCUUGUUCCUGUUAGUGAGGGUGACAAGAAGAAGGAGAAUGGAAAAUGGCAGAAAGGUUUGGUUAUGGGCCGGAUUGGUGAAGAAACUGACAUCUUUAAGAUGGUGAAAAUGAUCAUCCAGCGUCAAUAUGAUCCUGUCAUACUUUUCAGUUUUAGCAAAAGGGAAUGUGAAACUCUUGCAAUGCAGAUGGCAAAAAUGGAUCUGAAUGGUGAUGAUGAGAAAGUGAACAUAGAAACCAUAUUUUGGAGUGCCAUGGAUAUGCUGUCUGACGAUGAUAAGAAGUUACCUCAGGUUUCACAUAUGUUACCUCUCUUAAAGCGUGGAAUAGGUGUACAUCAUUCUGGCUUGCUUCCUAUUUUAAAAGAAGUCAUUGAGAUAUUAUUUCAAGAAGGACUGAUUAAGUGUUUGUUUGCCACAGAGACAUUUAGCAUUGGUUUGAACAUGCCUGCAAAGACUGUUGUGUUUACCAAUGUCCGUAAAUUUGAUGGGGACAAUUUCAGAUGGUUAUCCAGUGGAGAGUAUAUACAGAUGAGUGGUCGUGCUGGUCGUCGUGGCAUUGAUAAGCGUGGUAUAUGCAUACUUAUGGUGGAUGAGAAGCUCGAGCCAUCCACCGCUAAGAUGAUGCUGAAAGGAAGUGCUGAUUGUUUAAACAGUGCCUUCCAUUUAAGCUACAACAUGCUUUUAAAUCAAUUGCGCUGUGAAGAUGGUGACCCUGAGAAUUUGCUUCGUAAUUCUUUCUAUCAAUUUCAAGCAGAUCGUGCACUCCCUGAUCUUGAGAAACAAGUAAAGGACUUGGAGCUAGAAAGGGAUUCAAUUAUAAUAGAAGAAGAGGAUAGUUUGAAGAAUUAUUACAAUCUGUUAAAGCAAUACGAUAGUUUGAAGAAGGAUGUCCGUGAUAUUUUGCUUUCUCCAAGGUACUGCUUACCGUUUUUGCAAUCCGGUAGGCUUGUUUCUAUCCAGUGCACAAGGAGUGAUGAAAUUUACCCAUUAUUCUCCACCAAGGAUCAGGUCACAUGGGGAGUGAUAAUCAAUUUCCAAAAGGUGAAGAAUGCUUCUGAAGAUGAUGCAAGUAGAAAACCAGAAGAUUCAAAUUUUAUGGUGGAUAUUCUUACAAGAUGUGCGGUGAAUAGAGAUGGAGUUGGAAAGAAAACCAUUAAGAUCAUUCCUUUGAAAGAGCCAGGAGAACCUGUUGUUGUUUCUGUUUCCAUUUCCCAGAUUCAAAGUUUAAGUAGUCUUCGUGUGCACAUACCCAAUGACCUUUUGCCAUUAGAAACUCGAGAAAACACAAUUAAAAAGAUUUCAGAAAUUAUUUCGAGAUUCAGUGAGAAAGGGAUUCCCCUCCUAGAUCCAGAAGAUGAAAUGAAUAUUAAAAGUAGCUCGUACCAAAAAGCAGCUCGUAGGAUAGAAGCAUUGGAAAGCCUGUUUGACAAGCAUGAAGUAGCAAAAUCUUCUCUCAUUGAGCAAAAGCUCAAAACAUUUCAUUUGAAGCAAGAACUAACAGCAAAAAUAAAGUCAAUUAAAAAAACAAUGCGCUCUUCUACUGCAUUGGCUUUUAAAGAUGAACUUAAGGCAAGAAAACGAGUUCUUCGGAGGCUAGGAUAUGUUACAACUGAUGAUGUUUUGGAGUUGAAGGGGAAGGUUGCUUGUGAAAUUAGUAGUGCAGAAGAGCUGACUCUUACAGAGCUGAUGUUUAAUGGUGUUUUUAAAGACAUUAAAGUGGAAGAGAUGGUAUCCCUUCUCUCUUGUUUUGUGUGGCAGGAAAAACUUCAAGAUGCAACGAAACCUAGGGAAGGACUUAACAUGCUUUUUGUACAAUUACAAGAUAUAGCUCGAAAAGUUGCUAAUGUUCAGCUCGAAUGCAAGGUCCAAAUUGAUGUGGAGAGCUUUGUGACCUCAUUUCGGCCUGAUAUCAUGGAGGCUGUAUAUGCUUGGGCAAAAGGAUCCAAAUUUUAUGAGAUCAUGUCAGGUACUCAAGUUUUUGAGGGUAGCUUGAUCCGGGCCAUUAGGAGAUUAGAGGAAGUCCUUCAACAGCUUAUAGAAGCAGCUAAAUCCAUUGGAGAAACUGAGCUGGAGUCAAAGUUUGAGGAGGCUGUUUCUAAGAUCAAGAGAGAUAUUGUGUUUGCCGCUUCCUUGUAUUUGUAGGAUCAUCUGGUAUGAUUUCCAAUGAGAUGGUAUCGCUUCAGAAUCAUCAUACAUUCUUUUUUUUCAACUUGAGACGAUUAAUAUUGCAGCUUCAACAAAAUGGUUUUGUGACUUUCUAUUGCCAAAUUUGUUGUUUGCACAGCAGGUUUAGAAAGAAAGUAAUAGAUUUAUCCAGUCUUUUCUUCUGGAUGAAGAUUGGGUGGGUUUAAGCUUGUAUCAACUAAAUGAUUGUACUCACUGCUUCUCAUUGAUAUGAUUGUCGCCUUUCUGCUUUUUUUUUUGGAGGAAAAUUUUGUAGGACUAAUUUAUGGAUGGCAUAAAUGGGUUGUCUGGGUUUUUAGUAUUCUUAUAGGUCAAUAUUUUAGGUUUGUAUUUUAGUUGAGAUGUAAUGCUGUCCUGACGAAAUAUAGUAAUCAACAUGAAGACGAAUAUUUUAAUAAUGUUCUCUUUUAUUUA